AUGGGUGGUGGUAAUCAUUUACAAGCAUACAACCGAAAAAACGAAACCCCCGAGGAUAAAAAAAAUAGAUUAUUAGCUGAAAAAGCUGCUAAAAAACGUAGCGAUUCCAUUGAUAAAAUGUUAAAAGCCGAAAAAGAAAGAUUAAUCAAAACCAAAAGUGCAAAAUUACUGCUGCUAGGUUCUGCCGAAAGUGGCAAAACAACAGUUUUGAAACAAUUAAAAAUUAUUCAUGGAAAAGGUUUAGAGGAGGAACGUCAAUCAUAUCGUAAGAUAGUUCAUUUGAAUGUGCUUACUGCAAUGAAACUAUUGAUAACUGGACUUCAAUACUAUGAAUACGCUUUAAAACCAAAGAAUGAACCACAUCUUGAAAAUUUUCUUAAAUUGACUUCAAUAAAAGAUUCAUUGAAUCGUGAUUCUAUUAGUGUUCAGGCUGCUAUCAAAGAUCAGAAAUUGGAUGAUAGUGCUUUGGACUCGUUUAGUGAAUAUAUUGAAUCUGUUAAAGAAUUAUGGGCUGAUGACGCAAUUAAAAAAUGUUACGAUCAUGCUACUGAAAUUGGUUUACAAGAUUCUGCAAAAUACUUUCUAGAUAAUGUUGAUAGAAUUUCCAAGGAAGAUUAUUUACCAACAGAUGAAGACAUAUUACAAGCAAGAGUUAGAACAAUGGGAGUGACAGAACAUAAAUUUGAAGUAAAUAAUCUAAUAUUCAGAAUUUUUGACGUUGGUGGGCAUCGGUCUCAACGACAAUUCUGGGCUCCAUACUUUGAUGAUGUAGAUGCAAUAAUUUUUAUAGCGGCAAUAUCAGCAUAUGAUCAAACAUUAGAAGAGGAUAAUGAUGUUAAUCGUGUGCAAGAUUCAAUUCAACUAUUCGAAAAAAUAUGUAACCAUAACUUAUUUACAAAUACUGGAAUCAUUUUAUUCCUUAAUAAAAUCGAUAUUUUGAAACACAAACUUACAACAACACAAGUCAAAAAGUAUUUUCCUGAUUAUGAAGGUGAUAAUGAAUAUGAUAGUGUUACCGAAUAUUUUCAAAAUUUAUUUUUGGAUUGUAAUGAAAAUGAGGAUAAACAUAUUUAUACUCAUCUCACGCACGCUACAGACACAAAAUACAUGAGAGUAAUUGUAGCUUCAGUGAAUGAUAUUGUUAUAAAAAUUAAUCUCGCAAGAACUGUUAAAACUCCAAAAGAAGUUCCAACUUUAGGAUCAAGUGUUGUAAAACUACAAAGCAAUAUUAAGAAACAUAUAAAGAGAGACAUUGUGGGUUCAGGAGAUCCUAUGCAGCUGAUAAAAAAAUGUGGGAUGAUAAUUUCUACUGAAAAUGUUGAAGAGAGCAAAGAAAUUAAUGAAUCAAAAAAAGGCAUAGAUUCAAAGGAUGAACAUGACAUUGUUGCAAACAAAAUCAUGAUAGAAGCUCAAAAAACAAAAACUAAUUGA